UAAUAGUAAUUUUAUUACAGAAAAUGAUAGGCUUACUCAAGCUCGCCCUCAUCGGUACUAUGCUAUUGGGAGUGGCUCAUGGAGCAAGCCUAGCAUCGGCAAAGGGUUCAGACUGCACUGUAAAAGAUACAAACGCUGCAGUUAGAUGUGUUUUGAUUACGAGAGACUUCCUGGGGGAAGUUGACGAGCUCGAUAUGAACGAUAAGGAUGAACUGAAAGAUUUCAAGAAAUCGUGUGAUACUGUUCAAAGCUGCUGGAACAAUCUUACAUGCACCGCAAAAAGCGAAGAUGAAAAGAAACAAUAUGUUGAGAACAUCAAAAACUACUGUGAUGCUGCGAUGUAUGUCUACGAUGGUUUUUCCAAAUGUGGUGAUAAGCUGAAUGCAAAAAAAUCGAAAUGUUUUGAUGACUGGGACCCAAUUCCAAACAAAACUCAUUCGGAAAAAGAUGCGGCAAAGGUCGAGAAAAUUAAAAAUGACGCUUGCAAGACAUAUUUCGGAAAGGAUAACUGCAUGAAACAGGAGGUUACGGAAACUUGCGGCAAACAAGAAUGGGACUCACUCCACAAGCAUUUCCUUCAUCUUUCUGGAGGACUCGUCAGCAAGUGUGACUUCAGCAGACUUGAAUAAUUAUUAUUUUUUCCGCUUGAAUAAAUUUUUGUAGAUUUUGAUA